AGGUGCCUAGCGUCGACAUCUCCGUUAAACGUUUCUUGACUAAUCGUAACUCAUCUAAUCUGACAUGCAGCAAGGGGAGGAAGCGAGCGGCGUUUCGGUGCCGAACGGCAGGACGUCCGGAGGAGUAGACGCAGAGCUCGGCAACUCCAGCUUAACGGCUUCACCGACCAAGAGCUCGGACUCCUUGGGAGCCGAGGGCUUUGCGCACCGCCACCACCAUCGCCGCCGGAGCUCGCCGUGGUGGAACCGGGUGAAAUCCGCCGUGCGGAUGUCCAACAGUGUGGACCCGGACUUGAGGAAAAACGCGCCGAGACAGGACACGUUCCUAGAACUGUACAACAGGUACAGACAGGAGGAGCACGAGACGAGCAGCGGGGAGGGCGGAGACCACCACGGCGGCGAGAAGAAGCCCUGGACCAAGGAGGACUUCGUCUUAGACCCCGACGGGGACGUCCACAUGUGGUGGAUCGGGCUGGUGACGUGCGGAGUCGUGUACAACAUGUGGCUCAUCAUCGCUCGGACGGCUUGGGUCGAGCUGCAGACCGAGUACGCCGCCGUGUUCUACGCGUUAGACUACGUCUUCGACCUCUUGUUACUGCUGGACAUCGUGGUCCACUUUCGGACUAGCUACCUUGAACAGGGUCUCCUGGUCUACAGUCCUAAGAAGUUGGCGCGAAACUACGUCUUUUCCAAGAAAUUCGUCUUAGACGUCCUCUGUUUGUUGCCGCUGGAUUUCUUGUACUUCGCUGUAGGCGUGCACCCUCUCUUAAGGUCCACGCGUUUCUUGAAGACACACAGAGUGUUCGAGUUCUACUUCACGGUGGAGUCCAGAACGCACCACCCGACCCUGUGGCGCGUGUUCAACCUCGUCCACGUCCUGUUCCUCCUGAUCCACUGGUUCGCGGGUUUUUAUUUCCUCAUCUCCAAGGCGGAGGGUUUUGGGUCGAACACGUGGGUCUACCCCUCACCGACCGGACAGUACGCGUCGUUAAGCACUAAGUACCUGUGGUCCCUGUACUGGUCCUGCCUCACUCUCACCACCAUCGGGGAUCUACCCACUCCCGUCACCAACUACGAGUUCCUGUUCACGUUGCUAGGAUACCUGAUGGGAAUCUUCGUGUUCGCCAUCGUCGUCGGUCAGGUGGGCAACGUCAUUGCCAACAGAAACGCAGACAGACUACAGUUCGAGAGGAUGUUGGACAGCGCGAAAACCUACAUGAAGAGUAACAACAUUCCGGAAGAGAUGCAGAGGCGGGUUCAGCGGUGGUACGGCUACUCCUGGAGCAGAGGUUUAAUGCGGGGAGGUGGAGACAUCAACUCCCUCGGGCUGCUGCCGGACAGGAUCAAGAUCGAACUGGCUCUGCAGGUCAACCUACAGACACUCAAGAAGGUGACAAUAUUCCAGCAGGUGCAGCCGGAGUUCCUGUACGACCUAGUCCUUAAGAUGAAAGCCUUCAUCUUCACACCUGGUGACCUGAUCUGCCGGCGGGGAGAGGUGGCCAGGGAGAUGUUCAUCAUCAACCACGGUAUCCUGGACAUCAUCAGUGAAACAGGGCGGGUCAUCACCCAACUGAAGGCCGGGGAUUUCUUUGGAGAAAUCGGCAUCCUCAACUUAGACGGGGGCGUCAACAAGCGCACGGCAGACGUCCGGUCUGUGGGUUACUCUGAGCUGUUCGCGUUAUACAAAGAAGACGUCCUGGCCGCCAUGGAGGACUUUCCCGAGGCUAAGCGCAUCCUUACAGAGUACGGACGGAGGCGACUCAGGGUGGCCGUGGCGGACCGGGAGAAGCGUGAGGACGACGAACUGGUGAAAAAGGUGGCGAGUAGGAAGGAAUCACUCAUGUCAAGUUGCAAGGCAAAGUCUUCGCAGGAUCUCAGGAGCGAAGUCAGUGGCGCGACUACAGACACCCCGAGACACAUACCCUGGUCCCGGGCCCGGCGCCCGUCCAGCGCCCACAACCAUCAGCUGCAGCGCCAACCGGAGGCAAGAACUGGCUCCCCCGUGCCGCUAACGCCGCCUACCGACUAUCCCAGGAAGGGCAGCACGAAGUCACAAGAUUUGGGCGAGGUCGUGGACGACCGGAUGUUGAAAACGCUACGGGAUGACAUGUUGCGUAACGGAGGGUUGGUAAGGAGUAGGAUGGGCCCCUCUCGUCCCUCGGAUGCGUCACUGCAAAAACACAGGGCGACUCUGCAGAAGAGACCUUCUUUUUCUAGGACCACGCCGAGCCUUACAUUGAGAGAACCCUCCGAAGACUUAAUGAGCAGAAAAUCUUCUAUCGGAGGUGGAGACCAGUGGGCAAAUGUAAUGUCGUCAGUUGACAAAUACUUCCAACAGAUGACGGAAGAGACCAUUGCAGAUUGGAAGCAAAGAGUCUCAGAACUGAAGGACGAAACGACGGACAAGACGAGAACAAUCGAACAACUUAAAGAAGCGAAAAAUCAACAGGAUGUAGAAAUCGCCAGACUAGAGGAGAGAAUACGAGGACUCACGGAGCAGCUAAAAGAGGCACCCAAAGGGGAUAAGACAGCUCUGAGACUGGAAAGUGCGUCCCCUCCACCCUCCCAACCCAUAACUCCAACAAACCAAAACACACCCAUAAAGGUCAACACUUUAGUACAUCCAAACUCAGCUCGUACCAGAACACCCUCAGCAAAAGUCCAUACGGGAAACAUGUCUAGAAACUCAGCAAAGACGCGGGCAUCUAACACAUCUAAAGUGUGAUAUCGCUAGUGCCUUUGUUGCGAUUGGGUUAUUAUGGUCACAUAUUUAUGAUGCACCUUACCGUCCACCAAGUCAGCCUUUGUGCAAGAAAGUUCGUCUGUGUUGGUGUAUAUCAUUUCGAAACAGUUCAAUUGUUUCUACAGUACAAAGAGAGUGAACUCAGCAUUCAGACAACUUUUAAUAGUAUACUAUGAAAACUGUUGUUAAAAACCUAGAUUUCCUGCUACCUCAAGAUGCUUACAUGCCCUCUAUGUGAUUUGAUCUGUUUGGAAAUGCAGAUAAUUUUCAUUUCUUAUCAAGUUGUGAUCCACACAUAUAUAUUUUUUUUUGCACAUGCAUAAUUUGAAUGGGUAGACCACAUGCCCAGUAUCGUACCCAAAAUUCACUAUAAGAAUGGCCUGUAGGCAUGAUUUUAACUGACCACGAACUAAACACAUUUGUUGGUCACCGUAGUAAGAGUUGACUGAUCAAAUCAGGUCGACUCCCAAAUGUUGUGAUGGGUAUUGUGUAAAUAACUGCACCGCUAAAUGUCUGUAAAGAUGGAAUAAA